AUGAAGCAGAGCAUUUCUGAAGAUCUUGACGGGAAUAAAAAAAUCUGGAUAGAUGGCGGCACUCAUGCACGAGAAUGGAUUUCACCAGCCACCGUCACCUACAUCAUACACCAGCUUACUAGCGAUUGGGAAAAUCAACCCGAUUAUAUACGAAAUAAAUCUUGGUAUUUUAUGCCUAUGAUAAAUCCAGAUGGCUAUAUGUAUAGUCGCAGCAAAAAUCGUCUGUGGCGUAAAAAUCGUAACCCCCACAAAACCUCCACGUGUGUGGGUGUAGAUCUUAAUCGCAAUUUCAACACUGGUUGGAAAACCAGAGGUUCAUCUUCGAAUCCUUGCUAUGAUACAUAUCAUGGCCCAUCUGCCAGUUCCGAGAAGGAGACCCAAGCUGUGGUUGAAUUUGUAAAAGAUAUAAAUGACAAUCUAGAAGCAUUCUUAACCUUUCACAGUUAUAGUCAAGCUUUUAUAUAUCCAUUUGGAUAUAAAGCGGCUAAGAGUAAACAUGCCAGCACUUUGCAAAGAAUUGGUAAUGCAGCUGCUCGCCUUAUAAGAAAUAAAACUGGCAGAACUUAUGAUGUUGGAGCUACGUAUAAGAUAUUGGGUUUAGCUGGUGGUGGUGCAGAUGAUUGGGCAUAUGAGGAGUUGGAUGUAAAAUAUGUCUAUACCGUUGAAUUGAGGGAUCGUGGAUACUAUGGCUUUGUUUUGCCCCCAAAACAAAUUGCAGGAGCAGCUUUAGAAGGUUAUAUUUUUGCAAAAGAAGUUGCAAAAGAAUUUUGAGGUGACUAGUAUUGUACAUUAAGUUAUUUACAUAAGUUUUAUUACUUUAAA